CGGCCCGGGCCUCGGUCAUGGGGCCUGGCAGCAGCCUUCCCCGACUGCAGCACCGGGGACAGCCGCGGAUGCCCCCCGUCCUGCUGCUGCUGCUCAUCCUUCUGGGGCGGGGGGCAGGGGGGCUCUUGGUGACGGACUACUCCACUCGCACCCCCCGCAAGCUCAGUCCCUUCCGCUCCUUCGCCAGCACCGAGCUCUUCCACUUUCACGUCCCGGAGGACACCGUCUUGGCCGUCUGGAACCUCAUCACCUUCAAAGAGCAGGGGGGCACCUUCGGAGAUCACUGCCCAGACCGCAGUGUCACCGUAUACUUCCGCUCGGGGGCACCCCCUGUCAUCAACCCUCUCCAGACCCAUUUUCCUCGGGACACGGCUGUGCCUGGGACCUUCGCAUUGACUCUGUCUUGGACAUUUCCCAACCGGACCACUGGAGUCUUCAACAUUAGCAGUCCGCUGCCCGGAGACUGGUUUUUGGCCGCCCACUUACCCAAGGACCAGGGUCGGAUUUCAGUUAAGGGUCUCCACGAUGAGUGCCAGUACCUGUUCCAGCCCCAACUGAUUGUCCAGCGCCUUCUGGGUGUGGCAGUGUUGGUGCCCGGGCUCCUGGUGGAGCAAAGUAUCUCCCCUCACAACCGCUCUGCUCUUUACAAGAUCUUCAUUCCCAAUUUCACCUCCAAGGUAUCAGUGUGGUUGGUGAACUGCUGGGGGGGUCUGCGGGGGCGCUGUCCCCUGUCCCUGCGCCUGCGCCCCAAGGCCCCCCCACUCCACAACUCUAGCUCCUUGGACUGCCAAUCGCGGACACCAUGCCACCUGGAGUUCACCCUACCACUCUGGGAUCACUGGCAUUACGUGAUGGUGGAGACCCAGCUGCCUCUGUCCGGCCCCGUCCGCUUCCAGGUGACCGUCCGACUGGAAGAGUGUUCCCAGCAAGGUCUGGCCCGGGCUCUGCCCGCUGGCGCUGCCAUGAACAUGCCACAGUCAGCGGCGGCUCGCCUGCCCCCAUCUGAGCCACUGCCGUCAGGGGGCCCCGAGACAGGGAGCUUAACGAGGCCACCGGAUCUCUGCUGGCCAGUGAGGCCAACGCUACGCAACGAAUUGGAUACCUUCUCCGUCCACUUCUACAUCUUCUUCGGCCCCAGUGUCUCCUUGCCCCCAGAGCGCCCAGCUGUGUUUGCUCUGCGCCUGCUCCCCGUGCUGGACAGUGGGGCCGUUCUCAGUCUAGAGCUACGACUCAAUGUGAGCUCACUUCAGGGAGAGAACAUCACUGUGUUUGGCUGUCUGCACCACGAGGUGCCUCUGACCUCAGGAGACAACACCUCAGUCACCUGUUCGACAGACUUGCUGUCUGGCUUCCUGCUGUCAGUCAAUGCCUCCUCCAACGUGGCCCAGCUGCGGCUCCCAUUCCCCCAGACAGGCAGCUGGUACCUGAGUCUACGCUCCCUCUGUGCUUCUGGACCCAGGUUUGAACGCUGUCAGAAUGUCACUGCUGAGGUCCAUCUCCGGUCCUUCCUAUCCCCCUGCAUCAAUGACUGUGGCUCCUAUGGCCAGUGCAAGCUUCUGCGGACAAACAACUACCUUUAUGCAGCCUGCGAGUGCAAGGCUGGUUGGAGUGGAUGGGGCUGCACAGACAACGCUGAGGCCUUCAGCUAUGGCUUCCAGUUGCUCUCCACACUGCUGCUCUGCCUAAGCAACCUUAUGUUUGUGCCCCCUGUGGCUGUGGCUCUACGGAGCCGCUAUCUCCUUGAAGCUGCUGUGUACAUCUUUACCAUGUUCUUUUCCACGUUCUACCACGCUUGUGACCAGCCGGGCAUUGUAGUGUUCUGCAUCAUGGAGUAUGACGUGCUGCAGUUCUGUGACUUCCUUGGCUCCCUCAUGUCCGUUUGGGUCACAGUUAUCGCCAUGGCUCGGCUGCAACCUGUGGUCAAGCAGAUGCUGUACCUCCUGGGUGCGAUGCUGCUUUCUAUGGCACUGCAGCUGGACCGCCAUGGACUCUGGAACCUGCUGGGCCCGAGCCUCUUUGCCUUGGGGAUCCUUGCCUCAGCUUGGACGGUGCGCAGCGUCCAUCGCCGGCACUGCUACCCACCCACGUGGCAGCGCUGGGUCUUCUACUUGUGCCCAGGCAGCCUCAUCGCCGGGGCCGCCGUGCUACUCUAUGCCUUUGUGGAGACGGAGGAGAACUAUUUUUACAUUCACAGCAUCUGGCACAUGUUGAUCGCAGGCAGCGUGGGCUUUCUGCUGCCACCCCGGGCUAAGCCAGAGGGCAAAGUACCCCCUCUGACCCGAACCCGGGGCUGUGGGUACCAGGUCUGCAUCAAUGAGCAGGAGGAACUUGGCCUGGUGGACCCGAGCACUGUUUCCAUCAAUAGUAUUUGUGCUAGCUGACAGCCACCGGGUGGGGACUUCAGGCAGUCGGGAAAACGCACUGGACUCUUGGGGACACCGGCGUCACAGCCACCCAAGGGCACGGGCCUCAAAUGCUCACCGCCAUAAAUUUCAGAAGCCCAGGGAUACGGAAUUCUCGGAUUUCCCAGAGGACUGGAUGUCAGAAGCCUGGGAUCUUGGAUCUCAUUGGGUCUCGGAGGACGCCCCCACCCCACACCGCCUGGAGUAUAGGUCUGCGCUUCAGGCGGUUGUGUCCGGGGGAGUGGCUCCCUUUCCCGUCCCCUUCCUCCACCGUUAAGGGAGAGGGGCUGGUGGGUCACGGACCGCAAGGGCAGAGGUGGGAGAGACCCGGUUUGGGGUAGACAGGUCUCCGGAGUCAGGGUCAGUGACAAAAAGGGGAACGUCCCUGGGCGCCAGCCCCGAUGAAUGGUAUUUGCCACUAAUGAGUGUGUGUGUGUUUGCCCAUUACGUACUCCUAGAGAGGCUGGGUGCGUAUUGUGUGCCUCUCUGCGUCUGUGUGCCACUAUCAAUCUCUCUGAGUGUGUAUUUGGGUGCUGCUGUCAACCAGAGAAGCAGCAUGGCCCUAGUGGACACAGCACGGGCCCGGAAGCCAGAAGGACCUGGGUUCUAAUACCAG